AUGACACUUCAUCCCCUCCCAACUCACUCCCUCCAUUAUUCUAAUCUCAAUUUCAAUACGAAUUAUAUCUCCCACCGCUUCCACUUGUUCCCGCCGCUCCACCACCUCUACAACCACCCCACUCCUCCGCUUCACCUCCCCCAAAGGCCCCGCCGCUCGGCCCACAUGGCCACCGGCCCCACCUCAGCGGGCCCACGAAGAAAAGACAAGCUUCUUGUCAUCAUGGGGGCCACCGGCGCUGGCAAGUCCCGCCUCUCCCUCGACCUCGCCAGCCGCUUCCCCUUCUUCGAAAUCGUCAACUCCGACAAAAUACAACUCUACCGCGGCCUAGACAUCACCACCAACAAGCUCCCCCUACCGGAACGACUCGGCGUCCCCCACCACCUCCUCGGCGAGUUCGACCCCCUAGACGGCGACUUCACCCCCGCCGAUUUUCGCGCCGUCGCCGGUCAGGUUGUUUCCGGCAUUACCAAUCGGAGGAAGGUGCCGAUGCUCGUCGGCGGGUCAAACUCCUUCAUUCACGCGAUGGUCGCGGAACGGUUCGAACCGGGAUCCAAUGUCUUCGAACCGGGUUUCGACGCCUCCGUCUCGGCCGAGCUCAGGUACAAUUGCUGUUUUCUUUGGGUGGACGUGUCGAUGGCGGUGUUGACGGAAUAUUUAUCAAAGCGAGUCGACGAAAUGCUCGACUCGGGAAUGUUCGACGAGUUGGCCGAGUUUUGCGACCCGGAUGGCCAGGACAAGCACGACCCAGCUGCGGUUCCGACAGGGUUGAGAAAGGCGAUUGGAGUGCCCGAGUUCACUCGGUAUUUUAAAAAAUACCCACAAAGUAAAAGAGACGAAGACGACGACCGGGAGCGGAGAGGAGCAUACGAAGAGGCGGUGAGGGUGAUCAAGGACAACACGUGUCAGCUGGCGAAGAGGCAGAUAGGGAAGAUCCUACGGUUAAGAGGGGGAGGGUGGGACUUACGGAGACUAGACGCAACGGACGCGUUUAGGGCGGUGGUUGCGAUGUCGACGCCGGAAAAUGACGGCGGAGAGAGGUGGUCAGAGAUAUGGGAGCGGCAGGUGGUGGAACCAAGCGCGAAGAUUGUGAAGCGCUUCUUGGAGGAGUAG